GUCUGCAGUCACUAUUUAAAUGCCCACAAUAUACAAUGACCAUUAGAAGGUAACUUAUGUUGUGUGUAGUUGUGUAUAUCCAUAAUGUCUUACUGAGCUAUCAUGGGCACAGGUACUAGAUACUUUCGCUACAUUAGGUUCCUGAUGAUGACCGUUGGAAUAUGGCGGAUACAAGGCGAAGAGGUGUCAACAAUAUAUAAACAUUUGUACCAGACUUAUUCAGUCGUAUUUCAGCUGAUUUGUUCGUCGGCAGUGAUUUCAUUUGCGGCCGAAAUCCCUACAUUGUUCAGAAAAGACACUGCUGCUGUGAUGGACAAUGUGGGUAGACUGAUGAUUUAUUUUGUAAUCAUAUUUAAAAUAUCUAUGUGGCAGUCUAAGCAAAUGUUGCAUUUGCUGCAGACAGCUUUACGACAGGACAAUGAGAUAUCCAGUAAAAACGACGAAAAAAUUCAGCAAAUAUACGAGUGGCACAUAAACUACGAUAACAAAAUUAUAUCCGUUAUUAUCGUUCUGGCCAUUUUGAUUGGAAUCUGUGUAGCUAUAUUGGGUGAUAUAGAAUGCUAUACGUUCUUUAAGAGAUCCGCUCAAAAUAAUCUAACAGAAAAACCCUUGCCUCUUAAUCUGUGGUACCCAUUCGACAGGAAUAAAUAUUACGCGUGGGUGCUGAUCGACCAAAAUAUUCGGUCCACUUUUUGUUGUUUGUGCAUCGGUGUCGUUGGAGCCUCGGUGAAUUCCGUAGUAAUUUUUUUAAAGCUGCAGUUGAAAUUGCUGCAACAUCAUUUCAGAUAUGCGGAUAAUUGUCAAGGAAAGAAAGUUCUGGAAAUGAAUGUUGUAGAAAGCAAUUUGAAGUUGCUUUGAAUCAAGCAUCAACGGCUCAUUGAAUAUGUUCAGACUUUCAACAAAUGUGUCAAAAAUGUAAUAUUGUUAGAAUAUACAGUGUCGUCGCUUACAUUUGCAAUAAUUAUUCUGCAAAUCACUGCGGGGGAGCCACUAGUCUUUAACUUCACAAUGUUAGCGUACACUGCAAUUCAAUUACUCACAUUUGCCUGGAAUUGUAACGAAAUCAUCUUUCAGAGUUUUCAACUAGCGGCGUCACUUUACGAGAGCAAAUGGUAUGAGCAGAGUAAAUCGGCACAGCGAAUAAUAUACAUCAUGAUGAUAAGGUGUCAGCGACCUCUCUCUUUGAGGAUAGGCUUUCUGGGGGUCAUGGAUUUGCAGGCUGGAUUGUCGAGGCUUAAGCUGGGCUACACCUAUACUUCAAUUAUGCGCUAG